GGUUUUUUUCCUUUUCUUUUGAAUCAGGUGCUGUCAUACCAUGCAACAUGUUCAAAAGCUGAAGUUGACAAGUUUAAGGCAGCCAACAUCCCUCUGGUGUCAGAACUUGCCAUCGAUGACAUACAUUUUGAUGACUUUUCUCUUGAUGUUGACGCCAUGAUCACAGCUGCUCUCCGGAUGUUCAUGGAGCUGGGGAUGGUACAGAAAUUUAAAAUUGACUAUGAGACACUAUGUAGGUGGCUCUUGACAGUGAGGAAAAAUUAUCGAAUGGUUCUCUACCACAACUGGAGACACGCCUUCAACGUGUGCCAACUGAUGUUUGCAAUGUUAACAACCGCAGGGUUUCAAGAGAUUCUGACCGAGGUGGAAAUUUUAGCGGUGAUUGUGGGAUGCCUGUGUCAUGACCUCGACCACAGGGGAACCAACAAUGCCUUCCAAGCUAAGAGUGGCUCUGCCCUGGCUCAACUCUAUGGAACUUCUGCUACCCUGGAGCAUCACCAUUUUAACCACGCUGUGAUGAUCCUUCAAAGUGAGGGUCACAACAUCUUUGCUAAUUUGUCCUCCAAGGAAUAUAGUGACCUUAUGCAGCUUUUGAAGCAGUCAAUAUUAGCAACAGACCUCACGCUGUACUUUGAGAGGAGAACUGAAUUCUUUGAACUUGUCAGUAAAGGAGAAUAUGAUUGGAACAUCAAAAACCAUCGGGAUAUAUUUCGAUCAAUGUUAAUGACAGCCUGUGACCUUGGAGCCGUGACCAAACCAUGGGAGAUCUCGAGACAGGUGGCUGAACUUGUAACCAGUGAGUUCUUUGAACAAGGAGAUCGGGAGAGAUCAGAACUCAAACUCACUCCUUCUGCUAUUUUUGACCGGAACCGGAAAGAUGAACUGCCUCGGUUGCAAUUGGAGUGGAUUGAUAGCAUAUGCAUGCCUUUGUAUCAGGCCUUGGUGAAGGUCAAUGUGAAACUGAAGCCCAUGCUGGACUCAGUGGCGGUGAACAGGAGUAAGUGGGAAGAGCUGCACCUGAAAAGGCUGCCGGCGCCCGCCGCCUCGCCCUCCUCUGCCAGCCUCAUGGCCUCGGGGGAAGACAGAAACUAGCCCUCCAGCUUAGCUACUGCUGCAAAAUGACUGCAUCUGUCCCGAAGGGCCAGCAUCAGGCCAGCCCACGCCAUCCUUUUGUUCCUUUAAGCUCAGGCAGAGCGUUGCCGGGGAAGAGUUUGCACGGGGAAGAGUUUGCACGGGGAAGCACGCCUGGCCUUUCUCCUUGAAGUGUGGUCUGCAGGCGGAGGCAGGCAGAGGAGAGCCAGACAUGAAGGACAGAGGGGAGGGAGCCCCGCACGGGGCGCUCAGCUUCCCCUGACCAGCACACAUGGACUGAGGCUGAGACAAGGUGCUAGGCAGAGGACCCUGCACCUGAGGACAGCUGGCCCUGCUCAAGCCAAGCACAGAGCAGGGGACAUGCCAUUAACGCUGCUUCACUUUGUAUCCAGCUCUUCUAUUUGUUACAAGCCAAGCGAAUGCCUGCGUUUGCAUCCCCAGCGCCGUUUUGUGCCACACUGUCCCAAGAAUCUCAGUUUGUAUUCUGUAGAAGUAUUUUAUAUUUAUCCCAAAGCUUCUUAAUGAUGGAUUAGAGCCUUUAAAAUUGCCUACCUAAAAAAUAAACUAUAGCAUCCUUACAAGUAACAGUCAGUCCUAGUUUUCCCCUAAAAAGGCCCAUAGUAGAAAGACAGCAAAUGUGUUUGUUUGUGUGACUGGUAUUUAUACAAGAUUCAUAACACUGCACUGUGAUUGCGGCCCCCUUUUCCAGUUUUUGAAAAUCCAACCUUUGUUGUAGACUAAGCCUUUUCCCAGAAGGAAUGGAUUACUAGACUUUAAUUAAAGGAGAGAUGAAAGGAAGUCCAUAGCUGGACUCACCACACGUGACCCAUGAACACUUAGGAACUAUUUCCAAUAGUGAAGACAUUUUCCAGGCCACGGCAGAGCCACAGAAAAUGAUCAUGGACUACCUUGAGUUUUCUUAGGGAUGAGUUUUUGUAUACCAUCUAAACUUCCCACUAAUACCAACCUAAAGCCAAAUGUGGUAGUCUCCAAUUUUUUAUUUUUCCUUAAGUGUAAGAAAUAAUACUUGAGAAGUUAAGAAAUAACAGUCUGGGGGCACCUGGGUGCCUCAGUCGAUUGGGCAUCCGACUUUGGCUCAGGUCAUGAUCUUGAGGUUUGUGAG